AUGGAAGUUCGUGCAGACGACAACAGAGUGUUUAUGGCGUUUUCGCUUUUAUUUGCUAUUUUGGCUGUGCUUUCAACACAGAGAUUGGGUAAGGUACAAUUACUUGCAGUUGUUUUUGCUAUUAUUCUCCUCGCAGGUGUUUGGCUCGAAACAGUCUAUCUUUAAUUCAGUUUUUACUACGAACAUUCAUAUGCUUCCGGUUAAAGUUGCUUAAGCGAAUUUACAUGCCCUUAUCAUAGCGAUAAGCAAAGGAUGGGAACCUUUUUAUCAUAGUCAUUCUUUGUGUUUCUUUCUUCUCCCUUGUUGAUGAAUCAAUAUCUGUCGAGUAUGUAUUCAGUAAAUAAUCAUGUGAACCUGAGGAGCAGUGAGUGACCUUUGUCACAUAUGUAUGUAUUAAAAAGUUGCACAACUGAUACAUUUGCAGAUGCAAAAUACAAUGCAAGUUAAGUGAAGCAACGAGUACAUUUAAAAAGGGAUGAAAGGUCAUCGAAAUACAUAGACUGUUCACAGUCCUCUAUUUUUCCGUAAGAUCAUCGAGUUCUGGAGCUUUGUGUUACGGGCUACCCAUCUUGCAUGAGUGUCUGUGUUUUGCUAGACAAUUCAUAAUCUGAGUGUCAAACAAGGAUAAAACUAGGAAUUGACGAACUUGAUAUUAAAAGUGCUUGGAAAAAAAUACAGGAAGGAUUUUCUUCAGCUGAAUAAUUCAAAAAUUGCUUUAAGAUAAUGAGUUCAAUCGAGUGGGAUGAAAACUGCAUAAAGGCUUUGUAAAAAGAACUAAUUAUACAGACCAAUUUUAAGGUUUUGAAUUGAAUUCGAAUUAAAGAAGGCGAUGUGAGUAACAAGUUAUGAACAAAGAAAUGAAAACGGCAAUAACCGACUGCUGGAAAAGUGAUUCGUGUCGUUUAUUUGAGAUCGAAAGUUAAAUGCAAUAAUUGACAACAACCUUUCCUGAUAAGUAGAAAACUAGCAAGGCAAACUUCAAUGAAAAACAGCAAAAUCUAGAUUCAUACACCAAAAAUGGAAAACAAAACUACAAACAGAGCGAAAAUGUCCAAUUGCAGUACUUACAGCGCGGUUAUAAAGCUAGUGAAAAGCGACAUCACGAGCCGCCUGUUUUGCUUUACUUUAGCGGUUUUCCUGGCUGGCUUGCUUAAUACACUUCAGAUUUUUUGUCCGAAUAAUAAAAUUCACCUUUCCUUGGCUGAUGCUAAUAAUAGCACAAGUUUUAAGAGAAAAAUGGUUUGAAAAGGAUGGUUUUUGCUCAUUCACAAACAACAAACAAACUUGUGAAUGAAGCAGUCAAUGAUUCUGGCCGGGUUAGUGGGCAAGAUCGUAAAAUACCACCCACUCUCAGAACGAAUCAGAUUGCAAGAUUUGGAGGAUUCCGCCCGCUCGCAAGCGUGGAAAAAAUAAAAGUAAUUAUUUUAGUUCAAAUUCAUUUAGAAUUAGUUGCGUCAUUUUAUAAUACAGUCAAUUUUUUGAAGCCUUGAUUGAGUAAUCAAGAGUAAACAAAUUUGAUAUCUUUCCCCCCAAAUCUGUCAAAAGCUUCUGUCAAUUCUUUUUGUCCAUAUGUGGAUGCAGAAAGAAGGAGAAGACCCUGGGAAUGAGGGAACAUGUGGGGGUGGAGGUAUAGGAUCCAGUUCACUUGAAAAGUGCAGGAUCAACCCAAAGGAUGUUUAUCAACUCAGUUUUAAUAUUUUUAUAUUGAGGGUUAUAGGAAAUUUAAAAUGAACAACGUGUUAUGUAUGACGUUUCAAAACAUUGCUUUGACAAUGCCCUGCCCCCAGGCUGACCUGUUUUGGCAAAUGCCCUACCCUUGGAAAAGUUUGAAAAAGCCAGACAUAUGGGGGGGGGGGACACUUUGAAUUGACAGAGCCAUAAUUGAUUAUUUUACUUGUCCAUUGUACAGGUGUAGGGAGUAAGAAUGUACAGUCCAAAGCAACAGGAAUCUCUCAUAAUGAUUCACUACCAAUGGAUACAGCCCUUCUUUAUGUCAAAGUCUCAGACACAAUUGACAUGAAAAACACAGCAUAUGUACUACUUGGUAUCUCUAGCAACUGCCACAAGGUAAAUUCUUUGCCUGAAAGUAAAAGCUGUCUGUGUUAGCAGAUUCUGUCAGAAUAAAAUUCUAAAAGGCAUUUUGCAAAACAAUGCAUGUAGUUGUAUCGAUCUCUCAAGUCUCACGGUUUUGCCGUGAGACGCACGGUUUUGAGGACAAUCUCAUGGUCUCACAAUGCAUUACAGAAACGCGCCCAUUCAAAAACGUUGAUCAUGAAAAUGCAAAUAAGUGAAAAAUGACGUUAAUUUAGUGUCAGUCAAGAAAUCCCCUGGGUAUAUCCCUUUCCUGGUUAUUAUUCCUGCUCAGACAUCCGCAACAUUUGCCUAUUCUUCGAUGAAGAAUAGAACUUUACGCAACUAACAAUAGCUCAGUCUGUUUAAAAACUGUCUAAAUUUACUCCGAAUUACUAUGUGACUUUUUGCUGUUAACUGUUAACUAAUUUUGCCAUCAAAACGAUUCGCACGAGACUACCGAAUUCGCAAGGGUUUUAUGUUAGUGCACGAGGAAGAAAAAUUCUUCUCUUUGCAUAAACUUGAAGCACUGACAAAGACAUUCCAACACUGGGCUGAUGUCUGCAUUGAUCUUCCUACUCAUGUCAGCCAGCUGUUUACGUACUACGUUUGCUGAAAACGUAGUACGUAAACAGCUGGCUGACCUGAGUAGGAAGAUCAACGCAGACAUCAGCUCAGUUUACACAAGUAGGAAGAUCAAAGAUGAAAUUAAGGUCAAGGAAGACAAGCCGCCUCUUGUGAGUCAACAAUGCGUGGGGUAUUCUUUCCAGUGUAGCCUGUGUGAUGCAGGCUAUGUCGGCUACACGUGCCGACACCUACACCAAUGAAUUGAAGAACACAAAGGAUCGGCAAUCGGAAACCACCUCAGAGAGCAGCAUGAUAUGGAGCCUGAAGACAUCGCACAAAGUUUUAGAAUCUUAAGAAAGUGUCAGAACAAAUUUGACUGUCUUAUUUUUGAAAUGUUUUUUAUCCAAGAACUGAAACCGACGCUUAACAAACAGUGCGAUUCAAUUCGCACCAAAUCAUUUGUUUAGAGUAGUUCUUGUUAACAUUGUUUUAUUUCCAUUGUUUUUUUACUUUAUAAAUAUUUUUAGCACUUUUUACAUUUUUACAUAUUUUAUCACAUUUUAGCGUUCACCACAUUUUUAUCUAUUAUAACUUGUUUUUAACUUAUUUACGCUAAUUUAGAGAACUUUUAUACACUUGAAAAUGACCUCGGAGAGGUCGUAACGUCAUGUUUUUUAAUCGCUAAUAUUUAUCUCAAAAUCGAUUUCUAAGAAACUACUGAUUAAAAUUGAUUUUCAGGUAUCAAUUCUGUAAAAAUCCACAUUUCUAAGGCAUAUAUUCCAUAUUUGAUCAUCUUGUUGACAAGAUAUGGACCUCAAAACCAUAUUUAGAAGGCAAAUUCCAAAUAAGGUUAUCGUUACCAGUUUGUUGCAUCUGCUACGUUUUGUCCACGUUGUUAAAAUGGCGGGAAACGAUGAAUAUUCAUUGGCAAAGAUAAAGUUGAAAGCAGAAUGGGGGUUCGUAUCCUGUCAAACGGAUUCUUAGCGCUCCAUUUUCAUUUUAUGACUUCUAUAUGUGACUGUGUUCCCUACACCUGGUUUUAGUUUUUUCUGAUGCCGUCAAUAAACCUCCAGGUUUUUCCUCAAAUCUACAGGUUUUUUUACCUUGAUCUCAAGGGUUUUGUUCUUGGGGCUGAGAGGUCUGUAUAUAGCUGAGAAGUACUGGGACUUACCAUGCCUGAUCAGGGUUUAUUCUAGAAAUUAGCCAAUGAGGGUCAAAUGGGCCCCCUUCAGUAAUUUUAGGGGACCCUUUUUCAAGAAAUUGGGGCAAGAAAGGGGAUCCCCCAAAAGGUAUUUGAACUUAUUGGUACAGACUGUUCCAUGAGAAAACUCGUGAACAUUUAUUGAAAAUAUUAUUUACAGAUUUGCAAGUACUGAACAUGAGGUUAAAACGACUCUAUAACGCUUUAAUGUAAAUGAAAAGCUUCUUUGCUACAUAUUAUUCUGUAUACUUUCAUCCAACAUUAGGAUGGAUAAUUUUGUUUUUUUUAGGCCACAAGUUUUAGAGAAAAAAGUCUCUGUGACUCGUCAUUCAGAUCGUGGCUUUUCUACGCUGCAGUUCUUUUUUGUUUAUUUGGCACCAAAUCCAAAAAAACUGAGUGCUUUUUGAGACUUUUGACAUUCUAUAUGGGUCGGACUCUCCAGAUGCUUUGCCACCAUUUUGGAACAUUCUGGGCAACUGAAAACGCCUGGGCUCGAAUUACUGCAGAAUCCUGGAUGUUUGUCUGGUGAGACAAAAAAAGAAAGGCAAUAAUUGAGACAAUAAGAAGCUAUAAAAGUUCAAAGUUAGCUUAUGGAGUGGCUGUUAAAUCAGUGUUGUUGUCAGUGAUGUUUUCGAAUACUUUAUAUUUCAAGAAAAAAUGAUAGAACCUAUCCUUGGGUCUAUUUUUUACGCCCCAUAUUUGACAUAUGGCAACCUAAAUUUUAAGCGGCAUUUUUUUCCAAAUUGGGAAAAUCUUGCAAGGGCGCACUCAAGAAUAAACCCUGCCUGACACCAGCUUAUUAUUCUGUAGUUAGUAUCUUUUUUCUCAUUAUAAGGUCGAUUAUGAUAAUUAUUGUUUCAAGAUCAGCAUUCAGGAAACAAUGUAGGAGUACUACAUGAAUGUGGAUGUCCACAUUUUAACUGCUGAAUGGAAUUUUAAUUGUGAUAGUGGGAAUAUAUAUUGCAUGAGACAUAAAAAAGCAUGAAUUGUAUAAACUGUAAUUUAAUGCAUUUGUUUGUGCUGUAAAAAUUAUUGCUUUUUUUCUUUAUUAUUUAGUGUCCCCUUCAGGUUUUGAAAAGUGGCAUAAGAAGCUCUUUAGAGUUUAACACAACAGUGGAAACAAACUAUCCUUUUAAACUUGCUCUCAAUGAUUCUCGUGGGAGAAUGGUGUGCAGGUAAGGUUAUUCAAACAUUACAAAUUAUAUUAAUUAAUAGUAGCAAUUUUAAAAUGAUCCUAUGCUCUUGUUCAUGUAUAUAGAUGUAACCCUGAAGGUGAAAGUUCAAAAUUAAAAUAUGUAAUGCUACAAUAAUUGUACUAGCAGCAUGAAAAGGUACUCUGCUGCAGUAGAAGCUGCUGGUCUUGUGACUUUGUUCAGAGGAAUUUAUAAAGGAGUCUUCUUUGAGUGUACUAUAAUAUGUAAAUGAAGAAAACUGCUGGUAGUGGUCAUAGGGAUUGCUGGUGAAUUAUAUAGAGGCCCUGCCAGGAGAGGGUGGGGGGGGGGGUUCCCAUUUCGCCUGUCUGAAUUUUAAAACGUCUCGUGUCGGUGUUUAUAAAUGCUUGUCACUCAUUGUCGGCUUUGCCAUCACUGUCACAAUUUGUCUGAGGCAGGUUGUCUAUUGUCGAGAUUUUAUUUUACUUGCUGUUGCUACUUUUUGGGCCAAGUCGCUUGUCGGAAUUUACCUUUGCAGGGCCUCUCUCUAUAUAUAUACUUCAGUUAUCAGGAAUCAGGAUCAGAAACCAGUAGCACAUCUGCUAUGCCUUAAUCCUGUUACCUGAAAUAAUUAAUUCUUUUGUUAUGCCUUCUGGUAUAACAGGCCUUGUGUAGAAAAUACUAGACUGUUUAUUUCAGUUAGUUAGGUCCAGAGCCCUAACGAUCGAGGGCACUGUGUGCUGCACUCGCCAUCCCACCUAGGGAGGUUACAGACUUUGUAAUACCCAAUCAUAACAUCAAUUUUAUUUCGGUUUAAAUUUACUCCUUUCAGUUGACUCUAUUUUAAGACCAAAAUUUUUCUUACAUAGACACACACAGAAGGUGUCUGUCUUACAAAAGUUGACUAUCUGUUGGAUUAACCUUACUCUUGGAUGUUUUUUUGGGCUUUCUGGGACCACCAUCAUGGGGGAGCAGCUUAAAUUUGUGGUGGGCCUGAAAAGCUCCCCCCAGUCCCCAGUCUGAAUACAAUGUAGGAUAAAGAAGUUCUGUACUGUAUUAUUUUAAGACACGUCUUAAUAGAGAGGAGAAGUCUUUGUAUCACGUUCCCAUGGUAGCAAAAUUUUUGUAUGACAACAAAUAAAAACGUCACUUAAACAGUGGAUUCGCACUGUUUCAGACUUCAUCGAUCAUUUAAUUUUUUUUUAAUUGUCAAAUGUUGGCGAAAUUUUCUGAGUUGAAUCUGAUCAUGAACGCGUAUCUAAGUUUAGAAAAAGAAAAAGAAAAUAUUCCAUGUCAAUGAUGCCAAAACGCGGCCUACAUUGAACACUGUUUACAUAAGUUUUGUUGUACUAACUGUUGUCCCACGGGUAGAAGAUCAGUCUAAACUGCACUUAAUCAAAUCGAUUAGGAAAUUGUAUUAUUCUCUGUGUCUCUCUUUAAAACUGGUCGUUCUUUUGUUACAUAUUGCAGCCCUAAACCUCACAAAUUUGGAGAGCAUGGUACAUACACAUACAAGAUCCAUUCUGUAGGCAGAAACACAAACUGUGUUUUUAUUACAGACAAGAAACCAGAUAAUCCUUUCUUACGUGAGUAAAUACAUCUGGGUGUGCUCAAGGAGCUUUUUUUUUCUUAGUUCGAAUAAUAUGUUGUGUUUAGCAAAAAUUCAUUUCAACUCUCAUACAAACUCUGUAUUUUCACAUUUCGGUAUAAGCAGAUCUUCCCAAAAGCAUUCUUUAGUGGCCACAUUUAAGAACCAUUCUCAUACAAAUGUAAGUGUCCAGCUCUAUGGACACCUUUUUCACUUACUGGACAUGUCAGCUUACAAGAGCUUAUAAUUAUAAUCCACUGUAAUGGUAGCCAUAAGUGAAAGGAGUGCAUCAUAGUUUUCAAACUAUUUAGUUAUCAUUGAACCCAGUAACAUAUACUAUAUAUGGUGAUUUAUUUACUGGAGAGUCACCAUUUGAAGGCACAAAGAUUCGCCUUCUUGUUACCGUCUACACUUUAUAUAAGCGUCUCUUAAUCCAAAACUUUGUAGCUAACUUGAUUGCAAAAUUAAUACAGUGUACAUGUAGAUCAUGCAGGCCGUGGUGGUGUUCUGACUUCACAAGUACACAUAUUGUUUUAUAAUAUUGACAAAUAUUAUUCACAUGUAACUGGAAAAUUUAUAUCGAGUCACUAGGCUGAAUUUAAUGUGGUUUUGACUUGAUUGCUGUCUUCUUUUCACUGGCCCUAGUGAUUUAUACCACUUACAUAUGUAUUAACCGAGAGUGAGGUAAUAUUUUAGGGAAAUCUCAGGCCAAGCAAUAGCGAGGUCAAUACCGAGGUCUGAGAUUUCCCUGUAAUGACUGAAUGGACAAUUAAGGUCAAUAAUUUAUUUAUUAUAUGGCCUCUUCAUUAUGGACCUACAUCUGUAAGCUUUAAUUGCGAUCAAUGAAAACCAAUAACUGGUCAGCAGAUAACUUUCAACCUGAAUGAGUUAUGCACUUGAACCCGUUAUACAGUCAUGUAACACUAGUCAGCACAUACCCUUUUUGACAGCUGUCAAUGGACCAUAACAUGGAUGUCUAUAAGGAUGUCCACUAUCAAGUUAAACACAUAUUGCAUAUGCCUUGGACACCUGGGUGGUAAUGCCCAGUCAUUACAAUCAUAGCGCACUUAAGUUAUUGUAGCCACAUAGUGAACAUAAAUAAUCGAAGUGGCAUCAAGUCAACAUAAAGGGGAUAUACACUGUAAAUAGCUUGUACUUGUAGCUCCCACGGAACUUAGCUUGAUGGUAGAGCAUUUGCAGGGUUAAUAACCAGAAGCUGGUCAAACUGGUUUGACUCCUUUUGGGAUGACUUGGAUUUUUUCUUCAAAGCGUUCUGUGUCAUAUCAGGCUCAAAAAAAUUCCCCAUCACAUUUCCCAUGGCCUAGUUGCUUUAAUGUCGAUUAACUAAUUUCUGCUUUUUCAAUGUUUAGCCUUACUGUAUGCUUUCCUUGUUAUUUUUGGAGUUGCCAUUGUUUGGACAGUAUCGUUUUGUAUUUUCAGGUGAGGGUUAUAUCAUCAAAAAAAAACCUGCAUGUUACUCAUACAUGUAUUUAUUAGUUGUAAGUUGUAAAAUUUAAAUUCUGAGUAAAGCACAAUCUUAGCUGAGAAAAUGUACAUGUGAUUGAACUUCAGUAUGGCUGCAAUGAUCCUGAAGGAAGUUAUGUGUAGUAGUAUUUUUUUUCUCAGUUUGUAACUUAUUUUAUGGUAUCCUCAUUGCCAAAGCUGUACAUAUAUGCCCUUUACAUACAAUACAGCUGUAACACUGUCAUUUACUUUUAAUAUGUCACUCAGAUCACCUUAAUUACAAUAUGUUAAUGUAGCUUUAACAUGUGUAACUGAGUAGCUUUUACCUGGUACCAAUUAUAUUUACAUAACUGUACUUUUAAGUUAUAUUUUCCCUUUGUGUACCCGCUCUCAUUAAUUUUAUUUGUCUUUUUUGUUUUGUUUUGUUUUUUAUGUUCUUGUUCGUUUGUUUGUUUGUUUUUUUUGCUUUAGGAAAUACAAUCUCUUCAUUAACUGGAGACUAUUUCAGGACACAGAAAGUCUUAUAAAUGCUGUAAGUAAGGAUGUCAAGAGCUGUUAAACGUAAUACCUUAUGUAAUAAUAAUAAUAAUAAUAAUAACAAUAAUAAUAGUAAUAACAACAAUAGUAAUGAUAAUAAUAAUUAUUAUGGCUGAGAAAUGAAGAAUUAUGAGAGGGGUGAAGAAAGUUAUUGCAGCUGUUGUCGUGUUCCUUUUACAUAGCUGUAGUUGUUAUUCAUUCAAAAUAUUUCUCCGUUUCUGAUCCCCCGGCUAAUUCUUCAUACUAUCUGGCCCAGUCCGUAUUUGGGACUGAGAUGCAAGCAAUAUACUAUUGAUUCGAUGAUAUAAAUAAUUAUUAUUGUAAUAGCGGAGCUCCACCCGCGCGCGAAGCGCGCGUGUGGACGGAGCUCCAUAGCUAAGGAAAUGUGGUAAUCUACCCAUCCGAGAAAAUUUGGUAAUCACGUGACCGUACGCCCGACCGUCCGUCCGCACCACAGGGAAACCAAUGUUUUCUCUCACACUUUCUAGCUACUUUGGGAGCCCAAUAGAAAACUAAUUGCACAUCAAUGUUGUGAUCAAUUGACAGCUGUCAAAACAGGAUAUCCGCUGACCAGUGUCACCUGACCGUACCGCAGGCUCAAGUGUCGACCCAUCGAGGUCGAGUACUUUUUUGAAGUUAUCCGCUGACAAAUUACCAGUUUCAAAUGAUCGCAGGCUCAAGUCUAUUUUUUCCAAUGAUUCAAAUGAAAUAUGUUGUGUUUAUGUCACUAUGGCCCCGCACUGUCAAGAUUUUGAUUUCAAACUGACCUCGGACGCGAAAAUUCAGCCACCUUUUUAAAAAUAAAGGCGGGGAAGACCUUUUCUUCCCAUGGUCACGCGUUGGUCACGCUCUACGUCCAAUUUUUGUACUCUGAUUGGUCAAAAUUUGACAGGUGAGUUCAUGCGGAAAAUUUAUGCAGCAUCUUGAAAGUUGUUUACUUUGACAGCUAAAGCUGACAGAGUUUUGUGUCAACUUGUGAUGUUUUUAACUGUCUUUUUCCACUGGAUGUACAAAAUGAAAUACAGCUGCUAUCAAGAGUCUUCUGUUAUCCAUGGCUGGUUUGUUUAUUGGGUUUUUGGUUGAGAAAUGCGUCGCUUGUCAAAAUUGGGUAAUCCGAUUUCGGAUGGCAUCUUUUUCGUCUUUCACCUUGCUCAAUGCGUAAGAGGGUUUAAAAGUCUCAAGCAACUAUGGCCUUCCUUGAUAUCUUUCAGGAACUGAAUCUCGAAUGGUAAGCCUGAGUAAUUAUUGUAUUUGAUGUUUGUUUUUGUUAUAUCUAAUUUAAUGAAGUCGAGCUCAGUUCAUGCGGCAAGUUUUUGCACGUUUGUUAAGAUUUGAGUCAAUGAUCUGAUCUAGUAUCAGGUUUGAUAUAAGCUUACAGAACUUUAAAAGGCCUUCAGAUUUUUUUUCACGGCAAAUAGAAAACAAAAGCGUUCCGAAGAAUAUUUAGUUAUAAAUUUGGCUGUAGAAAGAAAACUUUGAGUGAUUUUCUUGCUUCGAGGAGUUCAUCUUUGAAAAAAAAAACAAACAAACACCGGGAGGCCGGCUGAAAGUAAAACAAAAUAAACUUAAGCUUAAGCUUUAAGCUUAAAGACUCAGGAUUUUUAGAGACACUUUAAUACUUGUCUUCGUGAAUGAAAAUUGUUGUCUCUGUAAAUGUUUUACCGAAUUAAAUUUCUUUUAUUGAUUGUUAGUAGUCUCUCUUGCAAUUUUAAUCGCUUGUCCGUGGUGUUUGUUUUCAUCGUUCAUGAACAUCGCUUGCAGGAGUACUUGGAAAUGUCGCGCGUAUCAAACGCUUUAUAAGAUUAAGCUAAGAUUACACAUCGUUAUAACUGGAACCAUUAAGGGACGGACCAUUAGAAAAGUUAUGGGGGGGGAGGGGAAUUUUCGAGCCGCAGGAAUUUUUUUUCGUUCUCAAAUUCCUUGUAUGAAUUUUUUUUAGCCCAUAGCAUGAAUAUUUUUUAGGGUUAAUUGGCAUGCACGAAUUUUUUUUCAUUUCAUUUUCCCUUGCGCGAAUAUUUUUUUUGUACUUCGCCCGCCCCCCCCAUAAGUUUUCUAAUGGUCCGUCCCUAAAUAACAAAAAGUAAUGAUAAUAAAUUCGUUAUUAUGUUGAAGCGUAUUUCCGGCGCGAUCCAUUAAAGUUCAUUCAAACACUCGACCACACUGACAGCUCGCACUAAAAAUGAGAACCGGCUGGCCGUAUGGGUGAUUUUGGAAAUUUUUUGAACGGUUUCGCUAAAAGCCCACGAUUGAUCGUCAUGGACAUUGAAAAAUUGUGAAAUGCCGUAUUCUGUGCGAGGUCUGUAUGAUAAAAAGUACUGUUUCACCUCAGAUGUGAUGUAUAAAAAGUAUAAAAGGUUGGUUUACACACCCUCAGAUUUGUUGGCAAGGAUUUGUAAAGUAAACCUGUCGAACGCAAAAAAAUGCAGCCUGAUUUGUUUUCCAAGAAUUUGUUUUCGAGGCCUAAUCUACUGUGAUCAAGAGCCAUUAUGGCUCUUGAAUGUGAUAGAAGAUGUUUGCUAUUUUUUGGGUGUACAUAUAUUUAGGCUAUCAACUCGAUGUAAGAUGUUUCAUUCUAAAAUAACUUAUCCUUUCCCUCAAAAGUCACAUGAAUGUGCCCUUAAGUUAACUGAUUUGUGGAUUACAAGUUUAUUGUUUGAUUUAAAAUGUAAAUUUAUUAAUGGGAGCUUCGCUUUUAGCCCUGGCUAAAUCUAUAUAUUAUAACAUUGAUCAAGCUCGUUUCCAGGCGUGGCAGACUAGCUGUUUAUUCCCGAAUGAGCAAAAAAGAAAUGGCAUUUACGGCUAUCCACAGAUGAAAAUAGCUGAAAUUUUGACUAAAAUUAACCCAACGGAAGAAAUGCAAGUACGUAUAAAAACGUAUGAAUGGACCGUGCGGAUAUAGGCCAAAGUGUUAAUGAACGUCUACGAGAAGGUGAGCUUGUUAAGAACUUGAAAAUAUUUUUGAAUGAAUGAAGAAAAUAAUUAUUGAAUUCCGCUUUCGUAUGAUGUGAAGAAUUAUGCAGAUCACAGAGGAUCGGAUUAUCCAGGCUGAAAUCCACCUCGCCUCUGCCUUCACUGCUUCAGUGGAUAACAUCUUCCGCGAUCUGCAUAAUAAUUCUUCACGUCCUACUCAGCCUCAUUCAUUAAUUGUUAAUUAAUUUAUUUUUUCAGGAUCUUGGCAGCCCAAAUUUCAUUGGGUCUGUCGAUGGUCGCCCUCCUCGUGAUCGAGAAGAGAUGCAGGUGAGUAGGGCUAUGGCAAGUUUUUUGCUCGUUUUUUUAGUUGUAUUUUGAUCAGACAGGUACUAUUCAGGUUUACUUCAAUUUAAGACUUCUGAUUUGUAAGUACAUAUAGAAGGAACAUCAGGCAAUUGAAGUUUCAGUUGUGUUUGAUUGCUCAAGGUAGUCUGGAGGUUGAAAAACUGGAGAUGGGCAUUUGUGAUCGAGCAUGGGUAUGCCGGGAAUUCACCUCAGUUUUGUCUAAUACAGUUAUACAAUGAUAAUUAAGUCUACACGAGUUCUUUUGUUACCACUGAUUUGUAGUAGUCUUUUAACUACAUGUAUCUGAACGUAGAUCAUAUUUAACUAGGCAAAGCUUGUUUAGUUUUUCACUUAUUAUUUAUUCAAAUAUUUCGCCGUGUCUGAUUGGCUCGAAUCCCCCGGCUAAUUCAGACUUUUUACAAUCAAUUCGAUGAUAUAUUCUGUCGGAAACGUUCAGGAUUAUCCGAAAAGGGAAAAGCCGAAUUACUGACUACAACUGAGCCGAACAAAGGCAAGAACUUACAAAAAAUGCUGCUUGAUGAAUGGCAUCUACUUUUUGAGACUGUGCCAAAUAAACAGACGAAUGGUUUUGAAGGAAAAGGAUGUUAAGAACUUAAAAAUGUUUUAAAUGAGUAAUAAAACAAUUAUUGAAUUCGCCUUUCAUAUAAUGUGAAGAAUUAUGCAAUUCUCUGAGGUUGUUAUCCACUUUACUUUCCUCGAUCCGCAUAAUUCUUUAUAUCAUGCUUAGCCUCAUUCAAUAAUUUGUGAUUAUUUUACAGCCAGAACAGCCAAAAAAGCAGAGACUCAAGUCACUGGAUACAUUUCGUGGGUGAGUAAGGGGGUAAUUACAUGAGACCGGGACGAACUCAGACCGGUAUGAGUUCAUAUCGGUCUCCAUACAUUUCUUUUCAUGCGUUUACAUGGCACCGGCCUAAAAAUGAACUCAGACCGCCCUGAAUUCGUGUCGGUCGCUAACCCGACACGAGUUACUUUCGUACCGGUCUGAGACUGUACCGUUCUCAUGUAAAACGGAAACAAAUCUCAGACCGGGUCCAUAAACGGCAUGUUUCUUCGUAUGGCUCGAUCAUUUUUGCUCUUUCUCAUAAGAAAUAAGAACACUGCUAUGAAUAACUUUAAACAAGACUUGGAAGUAGCUUCAAUUGAAUAUAUGCUUCGGUUAAUGUGACGGAAUGCACCGUUUUGAGAUGUUGUGCCUUAACACGCCACCAGAUGAGCGUUAGAUAAAGUUUACAAUUUUCUGGGAGUAGUAAAAUCUACGGUUCUCUACUCACUGUCUUAAUUGGCGUAAAUUGUGUACCAGUUAGGACAGUUAGCGAAUAAUAUGUUAAAUAAUCGACUUAAGAGAGUUAUAUAGCUCAAAGAAUCUCCUGUUUUUGAGUUUGUAUCGGUCUCAUAGUGAUAAUGAUAAUACUGAGACAAAUUACCAUGUUUUAUUUCUUGUUUGUAGAAUUGCUUUGACAAUAAUGAUAUUUGUGAAUUAUGAUGGUGGUGGAUAUUACUUUUUCAAGCAUGCCAGAUGGAACGGUGAGGGUUUUCUUUUUUUCCCGAACAAUCAAUCUCCAUAUUUUCCCUCACAUAUACAUUGAGAAUGUUUUGUUUUUGUUUUCUUACAGGACUUACAGUAGCAGACCUUGUUUUUCCCUGGUAUGACUUUUAGCAACAAUAUUAUCUUUAUUUUAUAAAUAAUGGCAACAAGAUCUGGUUCACUAAAAACUUCUUGUACACCUAGCACUGUGCAAGUUGAGUGCCUCAUUUUAAGCCGGUUUGAGCCAAGCAUUCAUGUUCAUGCGAUUGAGUGUUGUAUUGCAAGGAGACAACUAUGCACAUUACGUCUCCUGGUUGGAGGCAAUCAUAAAUGUAAAAAAAAACUUUUAUUGCGCUUAUACAAUAGAAAUAUUUUCAUAUGCGCAUAAUCAUCAGUAUGCACCAGUGUGAACACAUACUUGACUGUCCUUAAGACCGAUAAGCUACCUCAAGAGCCGACUACGUGAUGAGUUUUACUGCAUACUAAGGAUUUAGCCCGCCUGUCUAAACAAAUCUUACUGGAUGGACCUGAAUUUUCGACCUGGUUAAAUGUGCUGAAAAAGAUUAAUUAACAACAACAACAAGCUUCAUUUGGAGGUCCAUACGAGUCCAUAUAUUUUAAGAAUAAGAUCUAAAAUUUAAUCACUGGACAAUUAAAGUACUUUGUCCUGAGUUGGUCUGAUCCAUGGAUGUUAUUGAUUUUCUAGGUUCAUGUGGAUUAUGGGUGUUUCAAUAGUGAUUUCUUUUCGAUCACUAAGAAAACGUCAAGUGAGACCGAUGAGAAUAUUCCUCAAGAUUAUUCGUCGCACCUUAAUACUAUUUGGACUGGGUCUCUUAGUAAGCAAUUGUAAGUCAGCAACGCCAUUUAUUUCAACCUGCGUCUUGGUUAUGUUCCAUCAUAGUUGUGUUAUGGGGUUUGCGCCGUUAUUGAAUCAAUCUUCUAGCUGAGCAAUAGACCUCUUUGGCUUGUAUGUUGUUGUUUUUUUCCAGUGAAGAUCUGCACUCUCGGGGGAAUUUGCCCCUUUGUCUUUUCAUAAAUUAUACGUGCAUAUCCACGAGAAUAAUCCAAAGUUUGAAUGAAACAGUUUUCUAGUUAAAUUGGUUAGAGUGCGGCACCGGUAUCGCAGAGGUGCAGAGUUGGACAAACAGACGAUCUUUCCAUGCGACGAACUUAACAAAUAUAAAUUAAAAAUUUAUGGGAUAAUGUAUAUUUAGCCUCAUUCGGAGAAAAUUUAUUACUAGCCUGCUAAAAUUUAUUUUUGGUCUUAUUCAAUUGAUUGUAUCGACACGUCCCAAGUUCGAAAUCUGUUGCGUCCCAAUUUAACGUUUGGUUUGUUCUCGUUUGGCUUAGGCCUCAGUAUCCCACACGUACCCCAAUUGCUCCUUCCGCACCGUUUGAAGAACUUUUAAGAAAACCUUUCUCAGUUUGAUUGUUUUACCAACUCUCACCAAGAAUAUAUCGGGUAAAUUGCGAAAAAAAAAAGAAAAUAGCGCACUACACAGCUGCUCUGAUUUUUUCUUUUAAUCUAUUUUUCCAGUGGCAGACUUGGAAUACUACAGGGUACCAGGAGUCCUUCAGAGAUUCGCAGCCUGUUAUUUUAUCAUUUCUAUGUUGCAGUUAAUCAUUAACCCUGGCGCAGACGCUGUUUUGGUAAAUACAUGCAGCAAGUGUAGUCGAAUGUAUAGAUUACUGUAUAGUUAACAGCGAAAUUUUCCUGUUUUGGAAUCGAAUAUCGGGUCCGAAUAUUUCCCUUUUCCUCUACGGUGGAAGAAACGGUUGACCUGAAAGACUAGCCUUUCAACGUGAUACUGAAAGCAAACGAAGUUAGUUUAUUCUGUAGCUGGUUUUGUAAAAUCGUGUCUUUCCUCUAAUCUACUUUCCAGGCGUGGCCUGGGCUCCAUGUAAGCCGCAGGCUACCCCGUCACAAUCUUUUUCUGUAUAGUUUUCAGUAUAUACAACCUGCAACCUGACAAAAACAAAUAAAUUAAUCUAAUGAAAUAGCUAGAAAAAAAAGGAAUAAAAUUGAAUUGAGGAGAAAAUUCGAGGAGAUAAUUAAAUGUCAGCAACGUGGUAACUAUUCUUUUCUCUUCUUCGUUCGGUUUCAAAAUUCAAAAACAUGGCAACCAAGAGAAGGGGGAAGGAAAUAAAUAAGCAUUAACGUAGAUUUUUGUAACGUCAACAGCCUGUGCCAACUGCGUGGUGGAACCCCAUCAGAGAUGUGAUUGCAUUGUGGGCUCAGUGGCUAGUCAUGCUGGGUAUACUUGUUAUUUACCUCGUGAUUACAUUUGCAAUUAAACCUUCUGGCUGUCCACGGUAAGUAUACAUCAUUACACCUUAAUGGCUUGUAUGAUAAUGGUUGCUUUUGUAUUGCCCCAUAAAUUACUUGAUACGAAACUAAUCAACUCAAAGGGGUUUCAGUUCGCCGUAAGAUCUACAUUGGUGCAACAAAAUCGUCCAGUUAAUAAGGCCUAUUUAAUGGGAUAUCUUUGUAGUAAUUGGAUUUGAAGUGUAUAAAAAAUCUUAUACAAUAAUUUUGAAUGGGCAGUUUCUUUACAAACUUACACCUUCAUUCAUUUUAUUGUAUUUUUGGGCUUGACUGACUGAAUAACCCCAUCCCCUGCCUUAAUCUUUAGGGUACUGGUAAUAAAACCAAGACAAAACCAAUUGGUAAUAAAAUUAAUGUUGACUCUGGUCCUAAACAGGUAUCAUGCGAGCGACCGUUGCUUCUUUGAUCGAGCCGCUGUCCAGCGCCAUUGACGAGUAAAUUAACUUUUAACUGGUAAAACCUGUUUAGAAACAAGUUAAGGCUCUCGCGCAUUUACUUACGCUUUUUUGACGUUCUCGUUGCCGCUGCGUCGUUGGAUCUUAAAGUUUUUGCGAAACAACAGGGAAAGAUGUCAUUUGAAGUUGUCAUGUAAGUUGUCAUGUGGACGCGCAUGGAAACGCAAACGGUUGCUUGCAGUGGUUUUUCUCGCUUCGUAGCGUAGCGUCCUUGGGCCUGGAGAAUCCACUUUUGUCAAGGUAGUUAUCCCAAGGGUCAGCUUCGUUGCCUCCUUGUUUUUCAUUUGUAUAAUGUUAAAUUUGCUUCGUUUCUUGUAGUGGGUACAUUGGCCCUGGAGGCCUCGCUGAUAUUGAAGCGUACGAAAACUGUACAGGAGGAAUAGCUGGCUCCAUUGACAGACAUUUGUUUGGUUCAAAACACAUUUACCAGCAUCCGACCUGCAUGGUAUGUAUCCAAUUUAAGUCGUCCUUCAACUAAGCUAAUAUUAGGAACCUUACGAAGCUACGACGGCGACGGCAACGGGGACUUCAAGAAAACAGUAGGUUUAAUGAGCAAAACAUCAACUCUGCACGACCAUCACGCAUUUUUGGACAUUUUCUUAUCGUCCCUGCCCAACUGUGACGUGAAAUGACCAAAUUUUAAGGCGACUUGAGAACGGGAACGCAAGGCAAUAAAUUGAACCAUCUUUGCAGUCUGAGCUCAUGCGCGGUCCCCUCUCGUCAGCUCCGACCUAAAUUCCCUUCUUUAAAGCCAGUAACUGGCCGACUUGGGAUAAUCGCCAAACGGUUUGAAAGGAUGCCAAGUCUAUUUUUAAGCGACGUUUUCAUGGACGUCUCCGUCGAAGGAUCGUAAGGUCCCUCAGUAUUAGGGAGCUUAAGCAAACACGACGGCAACGGAAGGCGUCACUUGGAAGCGAAUUCGUGCUGUUUUUAAACUUUAUUACUCUUGUUGAAUUUCAUAGAAUCUGUUUUAUGGUGGGGACUGUAUCUAAGUUCAGGAAAAGAAAAUCGUCGUCCUCCAUAAAACGUGUAACUAGGACGUUUCACGUCGUAUUCGUGCAACGACGGCAAAGAAAUGUACAAAAAAACAUGAUGCACGUGCUGGGUUGUUGUUUUGCUAAUCUCGUCUGUUUGCUUUUUUGCCGUUCUCGUUGCCGUCGCCGUCGUCGUUGCUUAAGCUCGCUAUUUAAAUGCACUGAACGCAACAAAACCUUUUUUCGUGUUGCGUGUCGUUGUUUAGGCCGUGUCCAUCCAGUCCGUUUUCAGUCUUCAGUCUAGCCUGCGAACAGCAGACGCAUUUCCGGUCGUCGCUUCUCUCCCUCCGAAAAAUAUUUUCGGAG